GGGCUGCUAGGGCCUGUGAAUGUUCCAGUCGUCAUGCUUUCUUCCAGAAGCCUGCAGAGAACGGAAGCAUCUUCUUUUUCAUGCCGUCCUCGCAUGUCCAUCUCUGUUGUCACUAAGUUGCAACUGGACUUUCAUUUGGAUCUAGUGAAAAAAUUCUGUGCGAUAGGUGAGUUCAAGGACUUAGCUGCCCUGAUGUCUGGGUCUCAUCCUGGUGGGGCUGUCCGUGCUGAGGAGCCAGUGCCCCGGCGAGAGCCCGAGCCGUCCCUGGAGAAUCGGGGGGCAAAACGGAGCCCUUUCCCGCUGUUACCGUGUGUUCCCUGGGCGACGCGGGAGGUGAAGGAAGGAGCUUUGUUUCCUCACGGGACUCCCGGCUUCUCUCUAGUCCCUGUGCUUAGCCAGUCUGGUUCUCUCUGCCCUGUUCCAGAGCCCCGUAGGGAAGGCAUUCGCAAGGAUGAGGCGGGCAGGGGCUGCAGCACCCCUGAGGCUCCCCGCUUCUCUCCGAACAUUGUUCUGGAGGUAGCAGGGGACGGGGACAGCAGAAAGGGGCAGUGGAGGUGGCUGCCACCUCUUCCAUCCCAGCAGCUCAGCGAAGGCCCUGAUUAGGACGGAGUAGCCGGGGGCUCCCGAAAUAUGCUGAGGGGCCCUUUGCCUUUGCAAACAGCCCUUACGUUCUUUGUCUUAAGAAGGUAAGGAGCUGAGGUGGGUUUUUUAAAUAUUGCAAAUAGGAACAAAAUCCAGGACUGACCAUCAAGCACCUUCCCCCGCUCCCCGCCACUCCCCAGAAGACAGUACGGAAGGCAGUGAGAAGGCACAUCAGGCGUUGGUUCCGUGGCAGGGAGAGGUGAGCUGCUGAGACUGCAGGUGGAUACCCAGCCCACCGGCCCGGGGGCGCUGGGCUCUGCCCUGGCCCCACAGGCACCCCACUUGCCUUUGUACAUUCAUCAUUUCCCCUCUUGAGGUCUUCACAUGUAUUUGCUGUUGUAGAAGACGAAUUCUUUGUAUUUAUUAUUUUGGGGGCAAUGAGAAGUGCAAUGCCGGAAGUCCUGCUGCCACGCUAGCUGGUCACAGAGGAUUGUGCCAGGCGGGGUUCUGGAAAACCAGUGCACUUAACCUGAUCCUGAGGAGAGCACUCAGAGCACCCUGGACACCAGGAGGGCUAGAUUCCCCAGAAGCUGUCUUACCUUUUGCCCAAAGAAACGUGCUCGGUAUUCGGGGCGCUCCCUCCCGUGAACCCUGACACUUGUGUUACCUCAGGGCCUCGGUACCUGGAUACUGCCACAGGAUGGGGGCGGGGGGGCCUAUUUUUAAAUAAAAUAACUGUUCAAAGUUGGGGGAUUUUUUUAAAAUUAAGAAAAAGGAAAGCUAUUCUGUAUUGCACCUUUUCACAAUUUAAUACAUUUUCUUACAUUUUCCUGUGAUUUUUGAAAUUAAACCAUUGUGUGUCUUGUAAUGUCCUAGUUGAGCGGCUGCUCAGCAGCUUCCUCCAGGAGGAUUUGGAACAAACGUGUCUGCUGCCUUGUUUGCUGGAGGGGAGCCUGGGGGGCUGCUGGGGACUAGUUUCUGUACACACUUGUUUGGCCUUUUCUGUAGUUGAUGCUGUAAACUCUAUGGCUUUUUAAAAAAAAACAAUUUCAUGUUUUUAUUUAGUAUUGGAAAUCCAAUACACUUUUUUAA